AUGAAAAUCGUGCAAGACCCGCCAAACAAGCUUCCUCAAGACACGCCUGCAGACGUUGCUGAAGCCGUGAAGGGCUUGCUGCACAAGAACCCCAAAGAGCGGAUGCUGCCGGCUGAAGCCUACAAGAUGACGCACGAGUCCCUCAUCGCCAGCUGGGACCGCCGCCGCCGCAUGGCGACGCCACUGGACAUCCGCCUUGGCCUCACCCGGCCGGAGGACGUGUCCUUCAAGCUUCGCUGGGGCAUCCUGGGCUGUGGGCCCAUUUCCUCAGACUGGUGCAAGUGCCUGAAGGAGGUGCCUGGUGCCGUGCUGCAAUCCUGCGCCGCGCGGGAUGAGGCGAAAGCUUCCAAGUUUGCUGCAAGUCAUGGUGUGGAGCGAGUGGCACCAGACUACCAGGCACUCGUUGCAGACCCAGAUGUGGACAUUAUCUACAUCGGGACCAUCACCUCUCUGCACAAGGAGCAGGUGCUAAUGGCGAUAAGUGCUGGAAAGCAUGUCCUCUGCGAGAAGCCUUUGGCCACAACUGCGGCAGAUGCUGCGGAGCUGUACGCUGCAGCCGAGGCCAGAGACGUUGCGCUGAUCGAAGGUAUGUGGACGCGCUACUUUCCAGCUGUGGAGCACGCACGGGCGGCCAUCGAGUUGGGCACCAUCGGUGAGGUGCGGAUGGUACAGGCAGAUUUUCCCGAGAUCUGCUACGCGGUGCAGUAUGCACCCCUCUUCUUCGGGUCCACCGCGCCGACAGCAGUGGUGUCGGCAGGAACUGGUGGCACAGGCGGAGGGGCCGUGAUCCACUACGACGGCCGAGGUGCUGCCGUGCUCUCCUUUCCGAGCUGGGCCUGCGAAGUGCCGGAGGUGUGCGAGGUCAUUGGGACAAAGGGCCGCAUCACUCUGGACAACUGGGCCAUGCAUCCAUCCCGCAUCACCAUCCGACUGACAACCGAGCAAUGUUGGAACGAGCCACAAGGCCACACGUCCACUGCGCAAAAUGGUGUCAGGCCGCAUGUGGAGCAGGUGACAUACCCUGUCCCGGAGCCCGCUGGGCUGCCUGCGGCCGGCUGGAAUUACGUGAACCAGCACGGCUUCCUGUACCAGGCAGAGGCCGUGCAUCGGUGCCUGGCAGCUGGCCUCAAGGAAUGUCCUCAGUUCACGAAGGCCGAGUCGAUGCGCAUCAUGGAAAUGCUUGAUGAGAUUGAGAAGGGCAUUGCAGAUCCUUGCCGAUAA